AUGGCCGCGAACGAGCGGGUACUAGCAGCGGCGCAGCAGUUUGAGGAGGACGAAUACGAAUAUGAGUCCCUACCACCGAACUUCUCGCUGGCAGCGAAUAUGGUUGCCGGCGCCUUUGCCGGGAUUGCGGAACACUCCGUCAUGUAUCCCAUCGACCUCCUCAAAACUCGCAUGCAAGUCGUCAAUCCCACCCCCGCAGCAAUCUACAGUGGCAUCGGCAAUGCGAUAGCAACAAUAUCAAGAGUGGAAGGAUACGCCUCGUUGUGGCGCGGUUUGUCGAGUGUGGUGGUAGGAGCAGGCCCCGCACACGCCGUCUACUUUGCGACCUACGAAGUGGUGAAGCAAGCAAUGGGUGGUAAUGCAUCAGGGCAUCAUCCCGUGGCAGCAGCAACGAGCGGCGCCUGCGCAACCAUCGCCAGCGACGCCUUCAUGAACCCCUUCGACGUCAUCAAACAACGCAUGCAAAUCCACGGUUCCACCUCGCGCUCCCUCCUCGACUGCGCCACGACCGUCUGGCGAAACGAAGGCCUCCGCGCCUUCUACAUCUCCUACCCCACCACCCUCGCCAUGACCGUCCCCUUCACCGCCCUGCAAUUCACCGCCUACGAAUCCAUGACGAAAGUCAUGCAGCGCCGGCGCCGCCCGGGCUACGAUCCCCUCGUGCACUGCACAGCAGGCGGUCUAGCAGGCGGAUUCGCCGCCGCGGCGACCACACCUCUCGACGUGAUCAAGACGCUGCUGCAAACGCGUGGCACAUCGUCCGAGGCCGAGAUUCGGAAUGCGAGGGGCUUGAUGGCCGCGGCGGGCAUCAUUUGGCGAAGAGGCGGGAUGGCGGGGUUUUUCCGGGGCAUGAACGCUCGGGUGGUGACGGCGGCGCCGAGCACGGCGAUUUGUUGGUCGGCGUACGAGGUCGCCAAGGCUUAUUUCAUUCGCAUCGAGGACGAGAAGUCAUAG